GCCGGCGAGCGGAACCCCGAGCGCAUCGAUGAAGGGGUGUCUCCUUUCGGCGGUCGACUCACUCCGGCCCAGGCGAGCGGGCUCUUGAGCCGAGUCAGCUGUGGGAGCGGAGCAGGCAGCGCUUGCCACCAUCUUUGGCGGAGAGGGGUUGUGGUCGCGCGAGGGUCCGGCACGCAGACAUUUGACAACUAGUUAUACCAGUAGUGUUACAGAGAACACUUUGAUGCCACGGCAGUAACAUAUCCAGAAACAUCACAAACCUAUAGAUAAAAAAUAUGAUCCUUGAGAUAGGCCUGUCAGUUCAAGAGAGCCAGCCUUCUACACACACUGCUGACUUUCUUAAGUGAAGGAUGUGGGGAAUACUUUGAUUGUGGAACAGGAGGUAGCCUUCACCUUAACAUGAUGCCAUGAAACUUGUCAGAGUCCAGCUAUUAUUUUAACUUUGAAAGGUUACUCAGCAGAUUACAAAUGGUGUGGAUUUUUAUCAUGAACCGGAUGAACCCACAGAGCAGUUCUCCCAGUCAGCGUAGGCGCAUGGCUCUUGGAAUUGUCAUUCUUCUCCUGGUUGAUGUGAUAUGGGUUGCUUCUUCUGAACUCACUUCGUAUGUUUUCACUGUGUACAAUAAGCCGUUCUUCAGUACAUUUGCAAAAACAUCCAUGUUUGUUCUUUACCUCUUGGGAUUUAUUGUUUGGAAACCUUGGAGGCAGCAGUGCACACGUGGCCUUCGCGGCAAACAUGCGGCUUUUUUUGCAGAUGCUGAAGGCUAUUUUGCAGCCUGUACAACUGACAAUACUUUAAAUAGUUCUUUGAGUGAACCAUUAUACGUUCCUGUAAAGUUUCAUGACUUGCCAAGUGAAAAAUGUAGCAACACUAACAGUGACACUGAAAAAACUCCCAAAAAGCCUCGUGUAAGGUUCAGUAAUAUUAUGGAGAUUCGACAACUCCCAUCAAGCCAUGCAUUGGAAGCAAAGCUGUCUCGUAUGUCUUAUCCAACAGUUAAGGAACAGGAUUCAAUAUUAAAAGCUGUAGGGAAGCUUACCGCAUCUCAAGUAGCCAAAAUCAGCUUUUUCUUUUGCUUUGUGUGGUUCUUGGCAAACUUCUCUUAUCAAGAAGCGCUUUCGGACACCCAAGUGGCCAUAGUUAAUAUUCUGUCUUCAACGUCUGGAUUAUUUACCUUAAUCCUAGCUGCAGUGUUUCCAAGUAACAGUGGUGAUAGGUUUACCCUUUCAAAAUUGUUAGCUGUCAUUUUAAGCAUUGGAGGCGUUGUCCUUGUGAAUCUGUCUGGGUCUGAGAAAUCUGCUGGAAGAGAUACAAUAGGGUCCUUGUGGUCUCUUGUGGGAGCUAUGCUUUAUGCAAUCUACAUAGUCAUGAUAAAACGAAAAGUAGACAGAGAAGACAAACUUGAUAUACCAAUGUUUUUUGGUUUUGUUGGUUUGUUUAAUUUGCUGCUGCUUUGGCCAGGUUUCUUUUUACUCCAUUAUACUGGAUUUGAGAACUUUGAAUUUCCCAGUAAAUUAGUCCUUAUGUGCAUUGUCAUCAAUGGCCUUGUUGGAACCGUCCUGUCUGAAUUUCUCUGGCUGUGGGGCUGUUUUCUUACCUCAUCACUGAUAGGCACACUUGCUCUGAGCCUUACAAUACCUCUGUCCAUAAUAGCCGAUAUGUGCAUGCAAAAGGUCCAGUUUUCUUGGUUAUUUUUUGCCGGGGCAAUCCCUGUAUUCUUUUCGUUUUUCAUUGCAACUCUCUUAUGUCACUACAACAACUGGGAUCCAGUGAUGGUGGGAAUUAGAAGAGUUUUCGUAUUCAUUUGCAGAAAACACCGUAUUCAGAGAACAUCUGACGAAAGUGAGCAAUGUGAAAGUCUCAUUGCCAUGCACAGUGUUUCGCAAGAAGAUGGAGAAAAUGGCUGUUCUUAGACAACAGUGCAAGAUGGAAAGAUAACUCAGCGAAGAGACAAUCUCCUGGAAAGUCCUUAUGGAAUUAUGUUUCAGUGCCUCUUCUGAAUCUUUAAUUGUUUCAGUUCUUUUGAAACUUAAAAAUACACUCUCACUUUCUCAGUUCCAAUCUUGAAUCGGUUUUAUUAAAGAGCUACUUUACUACAAGAAAUCCCAGUCCUUCUAAGAAACCAACCCGCCUUAUAGAACUCAGUUGGUGAAAUUACUUGAUACAAUCAAUGAAGUGAAUGCUGAUCUAGUGUUUUUUUGUUUUUGUUUUUAAGCUUUCAUAUUUUCUUAAGUGCUGGAUGACAUUUUUACAAAUACUUUUCAAAUUCUGUAAAAAGUCUCUGUGAAUCAUAAUUUUGUAUAAACUUUCAAAUGUAAAAGUAAAAUACGACAGUUACCUGUAAUAGGUACUUAUUACCCUGUAUGAUGCUUAAGCUCUACUUGAAUAAUAACAAAAGAGCAGAAAAUUAUUUAAUUUAUUGAAUAACUUCAUUAUUUCAGAGCUAUUAUGGCUACUCAAUACUAUAUAAUAUGCCAUCUUAUCUAUAUGAAAGACCUUGAAAGAGUUUGGGUGCCUUGUGUUUUAAAUAUCUGUGUCCUAAUUCAAAUUUUUGAAGAACUCUUAAUGUAAAAGUAUAACUUAACUUCAGAAUCCGUAUAAAAAUGAACUACAGAAACUGAUCUAAAGAAUCUUCUAAAGAAUUCAAUUCCUGUUGUUUCAACGAAAGUUGUAAAAUGUAUCAAACCAAAUAUAGAAGCUGAAA